AUGAGGCAAGAAUUCUGGCCUAUUCAUGGAAAACGCGUAGUCGACUGCGUUCUACGAAAGUGCUACCGGUGCUUCCGCAUAAACCCCGCACCGGUACAACAACCAACAGGCCAGCUUCCGGGCACGCGAGUCCGUCCAAGCAGGCCUUUCUCCAUUACAGGAGUGGACUAUUGCGGUCCAUUUUAUUUGAAACCACCGCACCGUCGUGCAGCAGCGCCUAAAUCAUACAUUUCGGUGUUCAUAUGCUUUUCAACCAAAGCCAUACAUUUGGAGAUCGUGAGCGAUUUGUCCACAACCGGCUUUAUUUCAGCCCUUCGUCGAUUCUCAGGACACCAUGGCAUUCCAACUGAAAUUCAUUCAGAUAACGCCAAAAAUUUCGCCGGUGCCAAGAACGAAUUGCACGAUUUGUAUCAUACCCUCAAUGAUAAGUCCAGUCAAGAACGUAUCGGCAACGAACUGUCCCUGCAAGGCAUCACGUGGAAAUAUCUAAACGCGCUCACACCAGCGCAUUUCUUAAUUGGCACACCGAUGAAUGCUAUACCCGAGCGCAAUCUAAUAACUACCCCAGCCAACCGCUUAGACCACCAUCAACAACAGCAGCAAAUGUUCCAAAAAUAUUGGGAUCGUUGGAGCAGAGAUUAUUUGACCGAGCUACAAACGUGCAGCAAAUAUAAACAACCCAGCCCAAUACGCAUCGGCACUUUAGUAGUAUUACGUGAAGACAACAUGCCACCGUUGUGUUGGCCUUUAGCAAGAAUCACUGAUGUCCAUCCCAGCGCAGAAGGAGUCGUUCGUGUAGUGACCGUCAAGACUGCUAGUGGAGUAUACAAGCGGCCCGUUUGCAGAAUAUGUCCACUACCAUCAGAGACCGUCAUCGAAGAGGGAUCCUCAAAUAGUUUAUAA